AUGUAUCACAGCCAGGCAGGAUAUACUCGCCAACUGGAUUCUCAGUACAGAAAUUUCGCUUUUCCUAUGCCUACCGUCCCCCAAAACCUUGCUCCUGCCCCGUUCCCGCAAUUCGAGACACACCGGAGAAUUACAUCGGGCGGAAAUAUCCCUUUACAGCCUUCCCCGCGUGAAGAGACGCCCAGUGUCACUCAGCCGCAAAUGGAGCAGAUGAUGACAGCGACGACAGGCAGCUAUCAAGGGUUGAUCCAGAAUUUUGUCCAUUUCCGCCAUGUCCACGAUCAAUACCUAAAGAUGCACAACCGACCGAAGGGAAACUGCUCUGACUUCCCGUCGAGCCCUCAAGAACAGCAGCAACUGGUCAAAGUGCUCUUUGAGGCUGCUCAUGAUUGCAGCCAAACUUACGAACCAGAAGGGUCGCAAAGCGUUAGGCGUAUUCGAUCGGGAAGUUAUAGCGACAUAGAAUUCGAGUUAGUUCUAUGGCCAGUGUUGUUGUCGACCCGUGAUGCCCAGGCAGGACAAUGUCGAUUGCCUAAUUACCUCUACUGCAAGGAGCCCCCGUAUAAUUCCUACGGUUCCUUCGUAGAGAGAUUCGCAGCGGUCUGCGAUGCCCUUAGAUCCUCCAAGGAUGUUGUAGUGUCCCUCUUUAAAGACGCUACAUUCAAGCACCGUCUUGCUUGGCGCCCGAGAACCGAGCUCAAUCAAAAAGCCACCAACCGGAAACUGAAUGGAGAGCGAGACGUCCAGAAUGCCAUCGGUAUUAGAGUUGCCCAGGAGAAUGGCAUCAAGACGACCCAUAAUGGCGAGCUUGUUGACAGAAACGGGCAGUCCUACGGAACGGUGAAGAAGCGGUCCGCGGCAUUUGAGGAUAAGAUCUCGAAAGCAAGAAAGCGCGGUCGCGAUCUAAAACGUCUCAAGGGCUCCGACGACGCGAGCACUCAAAACGGCCAGAAAGUCAUGGAUAACCACGACGACAGCAGCAUGAUCAAUGGCGGAGAGGAUACUGGCAAUAUGCUACCGCCGGGUCCCAAUCUUGCCGGAAAUGGGGAAGAUAUGUUUCAGGAAUUUCAAGAGGCUGCAAUGGCGUACGCUCCCAAUGCUCCGAAUAACACCAAUGCUUUCCUGAUGCAACCCUCCCCUAAUCCCAAGGCGAAUGUUUACGGUCAAGAUCCUAACUCAUAUGUAGCGUCCGGUGUGGCUUUCCCUAUCUCGCUCCAAGAGGGUAAUAAUGCUUCACCGGACUAUGCGCAUCGUCAAUGGCUUCGCAAUACAGUACCGACUGCCGGCUACCCGGACUCGUCUACGGGUCUCGACUUUAAUUUGGACUUACCCAAAAUCGAGAAUCAAUAUGGCGCUCAAUACGGCCAACUCCAGGGCGCCACAAACUUCUCUCAGUUUAACCCUGCGGCGUCGGUUCCUUUCGAUAGCCAACUUAACCAGACCAUGGGCCAAGAGCAAUCCGAGUCGCCGAAUUUCGCACCUUACACGGGUCCACAACUUCAAAAUCAGUAUUUCUUUCCGGGACCUUCGGGCUAUGGUGGAUCGUGUUAA